AACUUCCUGUGAUCCUAACCGUGGGGUUGUCCACUGUCGGGUGAAAGGUGAACAGUGUGUUCCAUAGAAACGUGUUUGAUCUCUGUUGACUACGUUGUCAUUUAACAGCUGGAAUCCACUUUGAACAAGUGUACCACUGUCGAUUGACAUCUUUCUAACUGUUUCAUGAGAGCGCAUUUGAGCGUCACAAUUUUCAACCACUUGUCAGGCUAUUUUUGUGGGGUUCAUUUAAUUGAACGGUAUAAUGUCCACAGAGGAGACGGAAAAAGCAACCGAUAGUGGCACGGAUGACGAAGAAGAGUGGCUAUAUGGAGAUGAUGAUGAAGAACAAAGGGACAGUUGUGGGCCUGUCUUAAAUGUUACAGUGACCACGCGUCAUGACACAGAUGUACUCUCAUUGGCUGAGGGACAGGUGAAUGAUGGGAACGAUGUGGCAAAUCAGCACAAGAGUGAAGAAGAAAGUGAUAGUGAUAGUGAUGAUGAUGACGUUUGUGUCACCAUUGGUGACAUCAAGCCAGGGGGAAGUGAAAACACGGCCUUUGGAACCCCGGCUGUGAAUUUCAACACAAAGACCUCAGGAUGGACGCUUGGCUCAGGGGGCAAGAGCAAAGGUGUGGAUAUGAACGCCGAGGGGAGUGUGAAUGGAACUCCCCUGCUGGAGGUGGACGUGGAGUCCUUUGAUGAGAAGCCAUGGAAGAAACCAGGUGCGGACCUCUCUGACUACUUCAACUAUGGCUUUAACGAGGAGACCUGGAAGAUCUAUUGUGACAAACAGAGGAGGCUUCGUAUGAGUCUGGAGGUCAUGAGUUUGGGAUCAUCUAAAACUCUGGGUCGAUCAAGUCACCAUAGUGACCACUCCAAGUCUGACAGCUUCUACAUUUCGGCUUCCAGCUCGUCAAGGAGGUCGAGCAACUCCAUCAAUGUCAUCGGAGGACAGUCGGGAGCCAUCAGCCGAUUAGAAGGGCGAAGAAGACACAAUGCUGAUGGAAAUGUCAUCCAGGUGAUCUCAAAGCCGUCCUCUGAUGGUGAGAGCACGCCCACCAAGAUGCCUUUCUUCCCUCCGAACAUCCCCCCUCCCCCUCUGCCCCCUCCCCCCAGUCAUUGCUCCACCCCCUCUCUCAUCCCUCCGCCAAGGCUUCCGAUCAGUGUUCCUCCACCUGGUUUCCCUCCCCCUCCAGGUGCUCCCCCUCCCUCUCUGAUCACGUCACUGGACAGCAGCCGCUCCGGAGGAGGCUACGACGCCCGCUCCGCCCCGCCAUUCCCCUUCCCAGCAGGUGUGUACCCACCCAUGCUAGGAGGCAUGGCGUCAUGGCCAGGGCUGAUUGACAGCGGCAAGGCCUGGGAGUACUACUCCCGACGGGACAGUGCCCGGGAACGCGACAGAGAGCGCGAGAAGACCCGAGAGAGGGGACACGAGAGGGAGCGGGAGAGAGAGCGGGACCGGGAGAGAGAAAGAGAGAGGGAUAGAGACAGGGAGAGGGAGCGAGAGAGGGAGCGCAGCCACUCCUCCCCAUCACACCAAAGUGAUGAGGAACGUCAGCGUCAAAGGGACCACAGUGAGCGGGGACACGACAGGCAUCGUGAGCGGUCCAGUCGGGAGAAGGAGGAGAGACACCGAGAGAGGAGACAUCGGGACAAGGACGAGGGACGACACAAGUCCUCACGCAGCAGCAGCAGGAGGAAGAGGCACAGCAGUGAGGAGGGUCAGGUCCACAGGCGGUCCCGGCACAAACGGCAAAAACGCAGCAGCCGCGAGACCAAUGAGGAACCGCCCCGCACCAACCAGGAGAGCCAAUCAGAGGCAGCCGAGUGACAUUCCAGUCAGCAGUUCGACCAAUGAGAGAGUCCGGGAGUCACUCGCCUACCUUUGGCUCAGCCAAUCAAAGCACACGCUCAGUGCGAGCCAUAUUCUUUUUCUGUUACAUUGCCAGCUCCAAAUGAAAGUAUAAUAAGUUGAAGUGUGCGUUAUAAUUUAUAGGAGAUGAAAAGAGGGAGACGAAAAACUUGAAGAUCAUUUUUAAUUUAUUUAUUUAAUUAUAUUACUUGAGCCCUGCUCUGAUGUGCCAAAACUGUUCAGGGGUAUUUGUAAGUUAUUAAUACCUUUGUUUUACCCUUAGGAAGGAUGUAGAUUUUGUUUAAUUACAAAGAUAAUUAUUUAUAAAUGUUUUGAUUCAA